UGUUGAUCCGAUGCUACACAUGAUGGAUGGAUGACACGUUAAGCGUGCUAAACCCAUCAUCUAUCCAUCCAGCUCAUGCCAUGGCAUCGCUCUGACACCCGGACAAAUAAAGGAAGCCUCAAAGCAUUCAACGACAAACGAAGGAAUGCUACCCAGCGGCCGGUUUGUGUCUCUUGGUUGGCCCCGCUGCUGGGUCGGGGGGCUGCACUGGGCCAGCGACAAUGAGCAGGUUGCGUGGCGUGAACCGCGCCCAGCACGGGUUGGUGUCCUGCGUCGGGUAGCUCUUCAACACGUGCAUCGGGGCACUCGGCAACCUGCAGACAGACAGAAAGGUGCAACACGACACGACACUCGUAUGUAUCAGUCUGUCUGUCUGUCUGUGAGCAUCUCUGUGUGUGUCGUGUCAUCCAUCCAUUUCAUGGGCUAUCAUCCCUCACUCACUCUUCGUCUCGGUCCUCCCGCCUGCUGGCCGAGUGGGCAGCCGCUGCAAUGGGCUUCAUGGCUGAAAGAUACCCACCCACAAUGCAUUGCACACCACAGGCACAGCUGUCGGCCCGCUGGGUGUCUCCGGCUUGCCUUUGUGUGUAUGUAUUGUGCAGUGUCACCUUGUGUGGUGUCGUAGAGCGUGACGGUGUGGUCGGAGGAGGCUGACGCCAACAUGCUGCUCCCGUGGCUGACCGACCAGUCAGUCGAUCCACACACACACACACACACCCCUGCCUAAGUGUGCUCCCUCCUGUCUGCCCCACCCACCCACUCCCUUGAGAUCACGUACGUGAAGUCGAGCGAUCUGACGACAUUGUUGCUGCCCCAGGCCUCCCCGUCGCCGCCAGGUGUGAAGCUGCACAGCUUGCCCGCCUGCAGGUCCCACAAAUACACCCGGCCGCUCAACGCUGAGGUUGAAUGAGACACACACGGACCGAGAGAGAGAUCGAUGUGGCCAAUGGACCCCUGUGUGUGUGUGUGCGUACUUCCAGCAGCGAUGAGUUUGCCGUUUGGCGACGCGGCGAGUGCAGUGAGCGGCGCGUCGUGUCCGUAGAAUAUCUUGGUGAGCUUCGCACUCCUCAGAUCCCACAGCCGCAGCGUCUUGUCGCGCGACCCGCUCACCGCCAACGACGAGUUGGGAUGAAUCGCUACACUCUAACACACACACACACACACAACAAACGGACAGACCAUGCCUGAGUGGGCCAUUCGCCAAUGAGUGACUGACUGACCGAGACGGUCUCUUCGUGUCCGAUGAGAAUGCGCAGCGGCUCUCUCCGUUCGGUGCAGAAGAGCCGCACCGUCCGGUCGGCGCUGCCCGUGACGUAGUAGAAGGCGUGGGGCGCCAGCUCCAUGGCCUGCACACCGAACGGACGCGGGUGGGCUGCACACACACCACACCACACACCACACACCACACCACACCACAUGUGACCAUUGAAAGAGCCUGAGACGGCGUGUGGGUGUUGGGUGUGUGGUGGCGUGUACCUUCCAGCUUGAGGACGUUGGUGCCCUGUGUGGUGCUCCACAUGCGCACUGCACACGCCAAAACACACACACACACAUUCCGCCUGUUCGUGAUCGAUGUAUCUUUGUGUGUGGUGUGUGGUGAUGUGGUGUGUGCGGACCAGUGCCGUCGUAUGCGGCUGACAUGAUGAAUCGGUCGUCGGGGGCGAUGCGGAUGGCACUGAUGCCGCCGCUGUGACCCACAUACGUCCGGUGGGGCAACCAACCUACACACACACACACACACACAGAGACCAGUCAGGCGUAUUUGCGUGUUCGGUGUGUGUGUGUUGGCUGAGCUUACUGGAUGCCUUGAGAGCCUCCUCCGUGUUGGCUCCCUCGCCAUUGUCGUCGUCACUCACGUCUGAGAUCACCACACAAACCCAGCCAUCCAUCGAUCCAUCACCAAGCCACCAGAGUGGCCUCCCUCACUGACUCAUGUCGGCAUCGUCUGCCGCCUGCUGCUGUGGGGGUCUGCCCGGUGACGCCGACCCCUCCCCCUCCCUCGCCCUGUCGCCCUGCUGCUGCUGCCGUUGCUGCUGCUGCUUGAGAGCGGGCAUGCUGAAGACCUUGAUGACGCCAUACUGCAUUCCCAUGGCCACCAGUGCACCGCUCUCGGGACUUACACACAACGACUGCGGGCUGAGUGACCAAAGGAAAGGAUGGGAGAGGGGAGGAGGGGGUGGGGCUUGUGUUGUGCGGGAGAAGGUGGGGGGGUGGGACUCGUGUGGUGCUCACUCGUCGGGCGUGUGAAUGUCGUAGCAGAGGAUGUUGGCUGCAGGGGUGGGGCGACUCAUCAUCACACGCUAAACCACACACACACAGCGCACACAGACAGAGGGAGGGAGGUGAGGAGGGACACACAUGACACACACAUAACCACGGGAUAUGACGUCCCAGCGAUUCCUACCCUGUGCUUGACGUGUCCGAGGAAUCGGUCACGCUCCCUCACACCCAACGCAGACCUGCACACCAGCCGCGCCGUCAUCCAGCAGGCCCAUGCUGAUGGUGAUUGGUGUCUCGUGUGCACCGCACCGAGCCGACUCACUCACUCGGCAGACGGCAGGGGCAGAGUUUCGGUGUCCCUCCUCAGCUGCACCGACUCCUCGCCGUCCAGGCGGGUCGGUCCAGCCCCGCUGCCAGGCUUGGGCCUCUGAUGAUGAUGACAUACACACAAUGAAGGAACGAGUGGCGAGACGCCUGCAUCGUGUGUGUUCGUUCGUGACCUUGAUGGAUAAGUCAUGCUUCUGCAGCUCUGCAGAGAAUACACCAGCAGCAGGCAGCAGGAAAGCUCCAUCGACCUCUUAAUAUUGUUCGUCUGGGUGUGCGUGUGUGUGUGUAUACCGAUAGGGUGGUAGAGGUGUUCCUCUGCCUUGAGGCCCCAGAAGCGGCUCUGGUCGCGCUGAAUUGACGCCUGCAUCUGCUCGCGACGCUUCUGCAGACGGAAGAACAGUGACGAUGGAUGGAUGGAUGGAUUGAUGGAGGCACCCACGCCACGCCAAUCCGCGCAGACGCAAAGGUCUCUCUGUGUGUGUGUGUGUGUGUGUGUGCGUACCACCCACUCCUGCCGCUUGAGAAGCUUGCCGCCCACAGGCACCGAGUCCUUGUACGUGCCCUCACCAGAAUGAACCACUACACCACACCACACCACACAACACAACACACCACACAGAUGCGCUCUAUUCUAUGUGUGGCAUUGUGUUGUGUGGUGUGUGGUCGGCCGGUAUGUAUACCUUCGAGGCUGCAUCUGUAGUUGAGUGCUUCAAGCAGCUUGGCGUUCUGUGAUGUCAGGAGGUAACUCAUCAGCACGUCCUGCGCCAACCUGCAAACCACACCACACCACACCACACACAGGGGUGUGUGUGUGUGUGUGUGUUCGCAGGCCUACCUGGAGAGCCGAAUGGGAAUCUUGUGUCCCAGCCGAUACGCCAUCAAGAUCCGCGAAUCCUGACACACCCACACCCACACAUACGUUUGAAACACACCUUUUCGGGCAAGGCGGUGAUCUCUUACGUAUUGGCGCAUGUCCUGUUGGCUGGUGAUUCUGUGCAGCGUGGCCACGUCCUGCGUCCACUCCUCUGCGAAGUCAUUGGCGUACAAGUUGACAAACGCCUUGGCUGCACACGACACACACAAAGGACGGAAGCAAGGAGGGAGGGAACGGACAGCAAUGGACACACAAGUGACUGACAGACAUGCCACGAGGUGGGUGGUGUGGGCGGCGUGGGUGUGGGUGAAGUGCACUGCAUACCCCACAUACCGUCAGCAUAGCCUUUGUUGCUCAUGAGCUCCCACCACAGAUGCACGAAGAUGGGGAAGCACACACGACGGACGUCAUCCUGCACUCGCGUCGCACACACAACACGCGCACAAAAAACAAAACAAAGCGGAUGAAUCGAUGGAUGGAUGGAUGGAUGUGUUGUGCGGGUUCUCCCUGCCACAGUGACUGACUGACAGACCUUACCCACCUUGAUGUCGUCAGACAGCGUGCGCGACCACCUGUCGAGCCCGCCAUACACCUUCCUGAAGUUGUGCAGCACCACCGAACCAGACGCACUCUCGAUCUGAUCCAACGCCUUCAUCAAACACACAAAUCCCGUCAUCCCGUCACACUGCUCCAAUCCAAUCCCAUCCACCCUGUGUGUGACAUGCUUACCUCUUUGUAAGGCGCGCCCAUGCCAGGAUCGACAGGUAUUUUGUAUUCGCGUCUGAAAGCCUCGGCCGCCUCAGCGAAGCCGCUGCGAUGGAGGAAGGACAGACACAUGAUCGGGUCCAUGGCAGGGGGGCGCUGCUGCGGCGGUGGGCCUCGCUGCUGCUGCUGCUGCGGGAUGGGAGGCUGCAUGGGAAGCUGCAUGGGGGGACGGGGUGGCAUCGAAGCCAU